AUGAUGUGCUACAACUUCAUCUUGACCGUCACCGACGCACACACGCGCCACAUCUUUCGAGUUGAGACUGUCAGCGGUCAGGCUAGAGCAAAUCGGUACAGUCGACGGAGUAAACAACUCAACCAGCUUCCAACCAGAAAACCUCGUGGAUCUCCAUCAUUGAAGCAGUUCCUCAAGGUUUUCGCUCAAAAUCUCGUGCUGGUGAUCUCUGGUCUGUCUGCUGGUGCGUUCGUUCAUAUUGCCAGUUGUAUCGAAUUGAAAGAAAAGUGGGAGCUUGUGGUGUUUGCACUGUGCAGUCAGACGAUCAAGUUGAUGAUUCAAGCCGCUGCUAAACUUUAUCUUGGAAAACGUAAGAAAACACCUUCGUUACGCACAAUGGCCAUCAUCGUGGCUGCUCCAACGAUUCUGGUUGACACGCAGCUACGCACAGUGUUGUUGUGUUUGGACAGCAAGUCCGUGACUUUAGCAGGGUCUGUUUUGCUUGCUGUUGCCAAAACAGUGUUGAGACUGCUGACUGCGCUUUUAAUGAGGCAUCAGGCGCACAAAGUUCUGGCCAAGUAUCCACUGCCUCGAGUUGGUGUCCAUCCUCAAGAUGGAGUCGUGAAAGUACUUCGAGUCCAGUCCUUGCUAUCUACUACUGCGUCAUUGUCGUCGCCGGAGCUACAAGGGAUCGCUCGUGUUCAGAAACUAACAGCCUUGCACGCUGCGGAGGUCUAUGCUGACAUGCACGGCGAGUAUAUCGCGAUGUGCUGUGCCUACGUCAUCAUCAUUUGCUUCGGUUCGAAUCCAAGGUUUUCGCUCGGUGGUAAUGCCUCUAACAAUUCCACUCAUGAGAUUCAGUUCUCCACUGUCAUGGUGCAAAUAGGCAUCGAGGUUGUCGUGGAUAUUAUCGCGAUUCCGUUGGAGAUCCGUUUUGGUGUUGAUUUCAACAAGUUUCACAAAGAUGACGCUUUUCUCGCAAUAUUUAUGGUGCUCGUCGCAGUUGUCAAUAUUCAUAUAGCCUCGGGAGUUUACAUGAAGACGGAGUAA